UCCCCAUUUGGGUGGAGAGCACUCAGGGUGAGUCUGUUACACAUUUUCUGCUCAGAGCUGAGCAGUCUCACUGAAACCAGGCAGAGGACACCAGAGGCGUGAGAGGUUCUGCAAGGGCCAAGGGCAGGACAAUGGCCACUGAGGGCAGCCACUUCAACACCAGGAUGUCUGCAGAAGCCCAGAAUAGUGUUAAGAACAAUGCAGCCAUGCUCUUCAAAAAGUAUAAGGUGGAAAUUUCAAAUGCAAUAAAGACAUCAUUUCCUUUUCUUGAAAUUCUUCACGACCGUGGAUACAUCACCAGUGAAAAAUAUAAAGAGUAUCGAGAAAAUUUUGAGAAAGAGAUUUCCAUACAAGAAGUCAUAUACAAUAUUCUCAGUGACCUGGAGAAGAUAUUUGACUUGCCCCUUCUGGAUACUUUGUUCAGCAAGUUCAUUGUGAAGAAAUAUCCUGGUUUAAAUUACAUUUACAAAAUCUUCCAAAAAGAGAUACCAAACAUAAAAAAUUUCCUGGAAAGUGAUGUAGAAGAAAAUGAGGGGAGAUCCGAUAUCCAACUAAGCCUCGGACAAGGACCUGGUGAAAACUCAUAUCUAAGUCUGCCCUGGAAUCACAAUGAGUCUAUGAACUUUAAAAAGCCACCUACAUCUGGAAACAUACAUUGCAAAAGAGGGUCAAAAAAGCACCAAGAAGAAUAUGUAGAUUUUCACUCUGAAAUACUUCCCAUGACCUGUGGAGAGAUGAAAGGCAUGCUAUAUAAGAAUAAGUUGGAAGAAGGAUCCACGGUGAAGUGCAUAAAGACAGAGGAUGGACGUUGGUUCACCCUCCAGGAAUUUGAAGCUGCAGGGGGCUAUAAAAGUUCAAGUAAUUGGAAGAACACUGUGCGCUGUGGAGGGAAAACCCUAAAACGGCUGAUGGAGGAAGAAAAGCUACCUAUACCACCAAGAAAAUAUGGCAGGAAAAAAAAGCUUGAAAAGCCAGGUGUAUGUGUGAUCUGCCGGGAUGGAGAAAACCUCCUCCGCUGUGAUACUUGUUCAAGAUCCUUUCAUGGGGACUGUCACCUCCCACCUGUGCAGACUGAGAGACCUCUCAGGAGGCCGUGGAGUUGCACCUUCUGCAGGAUAAAGGAGUCUUCAGGAAAUCUUCAGUGUCACAAGGAAUCUGAGGUCCUGGCAAGGCAGAUGGGUCCUGAAGAGCAGCUGAAAUGUGAGUUCCUCCUCUUGGAGAUCUACUGCCAUUCAGACAAUGACUGUUCUGAGAAGAUGCCACAAGAUAAUUAUUUUUUUUCACAGACACCAGAGAUUUUUGAAUGCAUGAAAAAUCUUCAGAUGUUGAAAGAAAUUGGAAGGAAGCUACGCGAGCAAUGUUACCCCAAAGUGGAGAGCUUUAUGAAGGACAUGCGCCUCAUCUUUCAGAAUCACAAGGCAUUUAAUAAAUGCAAAGAUUUGUUUUUACUGGGAAUUACCCUGGAGAAGAAAUUUGAGAAGAAUUUUACAGAAGUGUUUGCUAUUCAGGAAGUAAAACAAGAACACACAGACAACAAAAUUAAAAAAGAAAAGAGUACAUACGCAAAAUUAGGAGUUCGGCAACAAAAAGAAAACCAUUCAAAGGACAAACAGACAUCUUAGAGCUAAAGAAGACAAUGAGCCCUGGCUGGUGUAGCUUAGUGGAUUGAGCACAGCCCUGUGAAGCAAAGGAUUGCCGGUUUGAUUCCCAGUCAGGGCACAUAUCUGGGUUGCAGGCCAGGUCCCAGUGGGGGACACACAACCACACAUUGAUGUUUCUCUACCCCUACUUCUCCUUCCCUUCCCCCUCUCUAUAAAUAAAUAAAUAAAUACAUAUAUACAUACAUAAAUACAUACAUAUUUUAAAAAAGAAGACAAUGACUGCACUUAAGAAUUUAAUAGAGAGCUUCAAAAACAAACUCAGUUAAGCUUCAGAAAGAUUCAGUAAGCUCGAAGAUAGGUUAUUUGAAAUUAUCUAGUCAGAGGAGCAAAGGAGAAAGAUAAAGAGUAAAGACUGCCCACAGGACUUAGGAGACAUGAUCAAGGGAACAUAUAAGAAAAAGAAAGGAACAAAAAGUCUAUUUAAAGCAAUAAUGAUUGAAAAUUUCUAAAUUUGGGGAGAGAUACAGAAAGCCAUAUUCUUUCAGCCCAAAAGCUUAAUAGGUUCAACUUGAAAAGGGAUGCCCUAACACCACUUAGAGCUAAAUUGUCAAAAUUUAAAGACAGUUUGGAAAGCAGCAACAGAAAAGUGAUUUAUCAAAUACAAUGGAUACUUUGCAAGUCAAGAGAGAGUGAAUGAUAUUGGAAAAUAUUGAAAGCAAAGAACUGUUAGUGAAGCAAAGCUGUCCUAUAGAAUUAUAGGAGAAAUAGAUCUAUCCAAGCAAAUGCCAGUUGAGGAGUUGAGGGCAUUCAUCACCAGUAGAACGGCCUACUAGCUCAAUCUGAUUGAACAUCAUCCCAAUACACCAUCAUUGCAGGUUUGAUUGCUCCAGUCAGGGCACAUAUCAGUAUCAACCAAUGCUUACAUACAUAAGUGGAACAUCAAUUACCCUCUUUCUUGCUCCUUUCUUCUCUCACUCUCUAAAUUCAAUAAAUAAAAAAAAACAAAGAAAGGAAGAUUAUAUUUAAGAGAAGAAGAAAUGCUAAUGGGCUUUCCUCGGGCUAAAAUAAAAAGAACGUAAUUAAUACUGUGCAUUUUUUAAAAAAAUGACCUGAACUGUCCACUAUACCCAGUUGGCUGCUCUUUCUUCCUUUAUUACAUGCACAGGGAAUUUAAAGCAGGAAAGGGGUAGAGAGAAGGCUGUGACCCAAAUCCCUCUGAAAGAUUUGGCUGCAUAAUCUCUUGAAACAAAAACCAGAUUCAACAAACAUAACUCAACCUGCUUCUUUAAUAUAGAUAAAGAACGAACGAUCUCAAGCUUUCAGCUACAACUUAUAUGUCUCAUAUGUAUAGAUGGUUUUAAUAUGAACUGUAACUGAAAUUCUAGAAUAAAUUUCUUUUUUUCUGCAAGCA